UAUCUUCUGAAGGCCUAAGAAGUGAAGACGUGUGACUGGCUACACUGAGAAGACAGAAGGAACUGUGCAGUUACCUAGAGGAGACAAUGGAUUCCAGACGUUAUGUGAUGGAAUUAAAUGAUGGUAACAUCAUACCUGUACUGGGAUUUGGCACUGCUGCACCUAUAGAGGUUCCUAAAAGAGAGUGUCUAGAGGCCACCAAGUUAGCUAUUGAUGCUGGGUACCGCCAUUUUGAUUCUGCUUCUGUGUACCAUAAUGAAGAAGAGAUAGGACAGGCCAUCAGGAGCAAGAUUGCAGAAGGCAUUGUGGAAAGAAAAGACAUAUUCUACACUUCAAAGCUUUGGUGUACUUCCCAUCGACCAGAGCUAGUUCAGCAGAGCUUGGAAGAAUCAUUGAGAAAAGUUCAACUGGACUAUGUGGACCUCUACAUUAUUCAUUUUCCAAUGGCUUUGAAGCCAAGUAAAGAGCGAAUUCCAAAAGAUGAAAAUGGAAAAGUAAUGUAUGACACCGUGGAUCUCUGUGCCACAUGGGAGGCCAUGGAGAAAUGUAAGGAUGCAGGGUUGGCUAAGUCCAUUGGGGUGUCUAACUUCAACCACAAGCAGCUGGAGAUGAUCCUGAAUAAGCCAGGGCUCAAGUAUAAACCUGUUUGCAACCAGGUGGAAUGUCAUCUGUAUCUCAACCAGAGAAAACUACUGGAUUUCUGCAAGUCAAAAGACAUUGUUCUGGUUGCCUAUGGUGUUCUGGGAAGUCAAAAAUAUGGAGAAUGGGUGGAUCAGAACACUCCUGUUCCCUUAGAUGAUCCAGUUCUUGGUGCCCUGGCAAAAAAGCACAAGCGAAGUCCAGCACUGAUUGCCCUUCGUUACUUGCUACAGCGUGGGGUUGUGGUCUUGGCCAAGAGUUUCAAUGAGGAGCGAAUGAAAGAGAAUUUGCAGGUUUUUGAAUUCCAGUUGUCAUCCGAGGACAUGAAGGCCCUGGAUGGCCUCAACCAAAAUGUUCGGUACCUUACAAGCAAUUUUGCUGCUGGACAUCCAGAGUUCCCAUUUUCUGAUGAAUAUUAACACAGAGGCCUUUCCCAUGUUUCAACCACGAGCUCCUGUAAGUGGAUCGUGAUGCCGGUGACACAUCAGAUGCUGGUGAAUGGGCGCGUCUCUCCUGAUUGAUCUUUACGGCUUAGCAAUCUACACUCAGCUAGAGCUUUACCUGCAGAAAAUAAAUCAUGUCAGUGAAAUUGUGUCCUUCAGUGAAAAAUUAAAUAAUACUGAUUUAUUAAAGAUACUGCUGACCUUA